AUGGCCUCUCAAGAAGUGAACGACGCCCCAGGGGCCAAGCCUACCCUCACCGAACUCGAACGCACACCCUCGUACGAGAAGGCGCCAGCAACCCGCCUCGAAAAUGUCGACAACGAACUGUCGCAGUACAUCGGCGGCGACAUCACCGUCUCCAAAGAGCGCAGCGACGAGCUCCGCAAGAAGAUCGACCGUCGCAUCCUCCUCGUCAUGAUCUGCACAUACUUCCUCCAGGCCAUCGACAAGGGGACAAUGUCCUUCGCCUCCGUCAUGGGACUGCAGAAAGACACCGGCCUUGUGGGACAGCAGUUCUCCUGGCUCACGACCUGUAUCUACAUCGCCAUCUUGUUCGUAGAAUGGCCGCAGAAUUACUUGAUCGCCCGUCUCCCCAUCGCUAAAUACCUCUCAUUCUCCAUCAUCGCUUGGGGCGCCGUCCUCGCCUGCCACGCCGCCUGCACAAACUUCACCGGCCUCGUGGUCGUCCGCACUCUCCUGGGUAUCUUCGAGUCCGCCUGCCAGCCCGCCUUCGUCAUCCUCUCCUCCCUGUGGUACCGCCGCGAGGAGCAGGCCUCCCGCGUGACAUACUGGUACAUGAUGAACGGCGCCCAGCAGAUUGUCGGCGGUCUCCUCGCGUACUGCUUCACCCACAUCAAGACCGGGCCCCUCAAGUCAUGGCAGUGGCUGUUCCUCGUCUACGGCGUUAUUUCCGUCAUUUUUGGCGUCUUCGUCCUCUUCUGGAUGCCCGACUCCCCCAUGCGCGCCAAGUGCUUCACCGAGCAGGAGAAGAGGGAGAUGGUCGAGCGUGUGAGGGAUAACCAGACCGGUAUCCAGAACAAGAAGUUCAAGCGCGAGCAGGCUGUCGAGGCCCUCACGGAUCCCCAGGUCUGGGGGUACGCUCUCAUCGCGCUGUGCACCACCCUGCCCACCUCUGGCCUUGGCGCAUUUGCAAACAUCAUCAUCAUGAGCUUCGGCUUCAGCACCCUCGAGGUGCAGCUCCUCGCCAUGGUUCUUGGUUUCUACAUCAUCUUUGUGCUUCUCGGAUCCGUCUGGCUGGUCAAGAAGACGGGCCAGAACCUCUACAUCAUGCUUGGCUUCUGCGUUCCCUCCGUCGUCGGCACCGUCCUCCUCAUGACCCUCCCCAACAAGACCUUCUCACAGCACAUCGGCCUCCUCAUCUGCUACUACAUCACCCUCUCCUUCUGGUCCGCCCAGACCCUCGCGCUCUCCCUCAUCUCGCGCAACAUCGCCGGCCAGACCAAGAAGCAGAUCGCCGUCGCCCUCAACUUCAUCAUCUGGGCCACCGGCAACGCCAUCGGGCCCCAGGUCUUCCUCAGCUGGAACGCCCCGCGCUACUUCAUCGCCUUCGCGACCCACCUCGGCUGCUACGCGCUGCUCAUCCUCAUCAUCAUCGGGCUGAGGAUCCACCUCACGAGGCAGAACAGGAAGAGGGACGAGAUGGCCGCCUCGGGCGUCGCGGAGGCGUCUCCCGACUACACCGCUCAUGCGUUUGAGGACAUGACGGAUAGGGAGAACCUGUCGUUCCGCUAUGUGUUCUAA